AGUUAGAACAUAGAGAUAGCUUCAGUCAGAGAGCUCAGUAACGGACAUGGCAAGAGACUCAGAUUAUGGAGCUUUCAUGGAGAAGUUCCUGCUCCAACCAAGCUCUUCAGCACAUAAGCUUCCCUUGAAUCCCCUCACCUUUGCCGUCAAAGACAUAUUUGAUGUGGAUGGACACGUGACUGGAUUUGGAAAUCCUGACUGGUUGAGGACUCAUCCGGCUGCCACAUCAACAGCCCCGUCCGUUUCGGCUGUCUUAAGUCAAGGUGCCACAUGUGUUGGUAAAACUGUCAUGGAUGAAAUGGCAUACAGUAUUAAUGGAGAAAACAUACAUUAUGGCACACCUAGAAAUCCGUGUGUGCCUGAUCGGGUACCUGGAGGAUCUUCCAGUGGAUCUGCUGUUGCAGUAGGCGCAAAGCUUGUAGAUUUUGCCUUAGGAACUGACACUGGAGGAAGUGUAAGAGUACCCGCAUCAUAUUGUGGAAUUCUUGGAUUUCGGCCUUCACAUAAUGCCAUUUCUACUGCUGGAGUUAUUCCUAUGGCCCAAAGUUUUGAUACCGUGGGAUGGUUUGCUAGGGACCCUGUGAUUUUGAACAGAGUUGGACGAGCACUAUUGCAUUUACCUGAUGUUGGUCCUGUCAGUCCCACUCGGAUAAUUAUUGCAGAAGAUUGUUUCCAGCUUUCAACCAUUCCAACCGAUCGAAUUACUCAACCUCUUGUUAAAUCAGUGGAGAAGUUAUUUGGCGGUCAUCUUGUAAAGCAUGCAGUCCUUGGGGACUAUGUCAAGGACAAAGUUCCAAGUUUGAAACCAUUUAUGAGUAAAGGGAAUGCAGAUCAAGAUUAUAAUAUACCAUCUUUAGCAGCUCUUUCAAGUGCCAUGCGGUUGCUUCAAAGGUAUGAAUUCAAGAUUAACCAUGGUGAAUGGGUCAGUACUGUCAAACCUGAUCUGGGUCCUGGGAUAGCAGAACGGGUGCGGGAAGCCCUUAUGACAACAGAUGACAGCAUGGAUAUCUGUCACUCUGUGAAGACUGAAUUACGCGCUGCUCUUAUUGCUCUUCUUGGGGAUUUUGGUGUCUUAGCAAUUCCUACAGUUCCAGGGCCUCCACCAAAAUUACAAACAGAAGCAACUUCAUUGGAAACUUUCCGUGCCCGAGCUUUUAGCUUGCUAUCGAUUGCUGGAGUAUCUGGAUUCUGCCAGGUAAGCAUACCACUGGGUUUGUGUGAUAAUCUUCCUGUGGCAAUUUCCCUGUUGGCAAAACAUGGCUCAGAUGGGUUCCUGUUAAAUCUUGUCGAGACUCUUUAUGACACUCUUAAAGAAGAGAUUUUCAUUGCUGAGAGAAGGAGUUACUGAACUCUGUCUCAUCCAAAAUUUUAUAGUAAGUCCUGUAUCCUAUUUAAAAGAUAUAAAAUUGGAAAAGGUUCUUGCUUGCAAUUUUGUGCCACAUGAGCUAUUUCUUCUUGAAACAUUUAAUUCUCGAAGUGACUCUGAAAUGUAACAAAUAACUAAUUGACUAUCAAUUUAUUGCAUAAUAAAAUGCAGAGCCAUUUCCUGCUGAAUGGAUUAACUUCAGAGGCCAAGACUUGCACCAGUUCUACCUUAAGUUUGAGAUGAUCAAAGAAUGUUGUGUGCGGACAUUAGAGAUCUUUUUGUGGUAACAGAUACAAUUGCAGAUUUGAGAUUUGAAACAGUAACUUAUCCAGGUCUAUUGAUUAGUGUUGGCCGGUGAUGAUAUCAUGAUAGUGUAAUGUGGACAAAGAUAAUAGCCAUUGAAUAUGAUGGCUAGCAUAAUGGCAGUUUAGUAUAUGGUUGAAAACCUAUUCAUGAUUACCUAAA